CGGCUCCGGGCUCAGGCUCCACUGCGGCCGCUGAUUGGCUGCUGGAGGCUUGGUCCAUCCCAGUGACCCCAAAGUGCUGGAGGGAGGGGGCGGGGGUGGCCCAGUGCAAAGUGCACCUCGAAAGCCCCCCGUCCGAAGUCUCCGCGCCUGGCACUUCGGACCCUGUAUGACCCGGGACUUUGCUGUCCCGAGACGGCCUGAGUCCCCUCGUAGCUGGGAGCCUCCGGCCCGGAGCGCGGCAGCCCUUGCUCCGAGCCCCCGUACCGGGACUGCCCCCCCACCCGAGCCUAGACUUCCUCCCUGCACCCCUGCCCCGAGGCUGCCCGGCGACCGAGACCGCCGCCCCCCGUCCGCUCGGCUGUCUGGAUGCUCCCCGGGCUGGGGCCGUGAGGCGCCGAGGAGGAUCAGGAACAGCCGUGUCCGGCCCUGCCUGGGGUGUAGCUUCAAUGGAGAAGUUAGUGAGUGUGGAGGAGGCUGCAAGGAGGAAGAGGAGCAGCAGCUGAGGAGACAGGUAAAGGUUGAGCUGGCUAGGGGAGACGAGAGAGCAGGAAGGGUUCUGCUCACCCAACAGAGAAGAAGCCGGCGGAGUGCCUCUAACCAGCAUCCGCUAGAAAGUCCUAUUUAGGAAGAGCAUGGAUUGACUGGCAGUUAAAAAGUUGUUCAAAUGAAGUAAAUCUGGAAAUACGUAUUCUGAAUAGAAGAGAAAGAAGAAUCUGUACUUACAUCCAAAUUCCAAGUUAAGAAAGCUUACGGUCUGUAGUCUGGACACACACUGAGCCCCCUCUCCACGAUGCUGUAUGUGCACAAUGGUUAUUAGGCAACACCUAUACCAAGACAAGGGACACUCGAUCAUAAGGCUGAUCCCUGUGACCUAAUGAAUCCUUGGUGAAAAGUGGACUCAGCUAGGAUGUUACACCACCAUUGCCGGAGGAACCCUGAACUCCAGGAAGAACUGCAGAUUCAGGCUGCAGUGGCUGCUGGGGAUGUUCACACAGUACGAAAGAUGUUAGAGCAAGGCUAUUCUCCAAAUGGCCGAGAUGCUAAUGGCUGGACCCUGCUUCAUUUCUCCGCAGCAAGAGGCAAAGAGAGGUGUGUCCGAGUAUUUCUGGAACACGGAGCUGAUCCCACAGUGAAGGACUUAAUCGGAGGCUUCACUGCUCUUCAUUACGCAGCCAUGCACGGCCGGGCUCGGAUUGCACGUUUGAUGUUAGAGUCUGAGUACAGGAGUGACAUCAUUAAUGCCAAAAGCAAUGAUGGCUGGACUCCCCUCCAUGUGGCCGCUCACUACGGAAGGGACUCGUUCGUCCGACUCCUCCUGGAGUUCAAGGCCGAGGUCGACCCGCUCAGUGAUAAAGGUACAACACCGCUGCAGCUAGCCAUUAUCCGAGAGAGGUCAAGCUGUGUGAAAAUCCUCCUGGACCACAAUGCCAACAUCGACAUUCAGAAUGGUUUCCUGUUACGUUACGCUGUGAUCAAAAGCAAUCACUCUUACUGCCGAAUGUUCCUUCAGAGAGGAGCAGACACAAACUUGGGUCGCUUAGAAGAUGGACAGACUCCUUUACACUUGUCUGCCCUUAGGGAUGAUGUGCUUUGUGCACGGAUGUUAUAUAAUUAUGGAGCGGACACGAACACAAGGAACUAUGAGGGACAGACCCCGUUGGCUGUUUCAAUAAGUAUUUCUGGAAGUAGUCGGCCGUGUUUGGAUUUCUUACAAGAAGUAACAAGGCAGCCCAGAAACUUGCAGGACCUGUGCCGAAUUAAAAUUCGACAGUGUAUAGGCCUUCAAAACCUAAAGCUACUUGAUGAACUACCGAUUGCCAAGGUCAUGAAAGACUACUUAAAACACAAAUUUGAUGACAUCUGAUAUUCACAGAACUGUGAGCGGGAUUAGGAGUUAUAUUCCAGAUACUUAAAAGGCUUUUUGCCUUGCACAAAGUAUAUCCUAUGCAAUUUCUGAUUUGCUGUGAAGUCAGAAAGCAGGUAUACACUUUUAGGCUUUUUUGUUUGUUUGUUUGGUUUUCAUUGUAGGGGAGGGGUUUUUAUAUGUAUAAACACACACACCACGUGCUCGAAGGUCUUAAUUUGGUUUCUUGGUCCAAGUUUACGAGGUCCAAGCUUUCUAUACAAUAUUGCAUUUAGAAGAAUCGUUUUUCUAAAAUGAAACAAGCAGGUUCAGGGUAGAGAACUUACUCUUUCCAAAUUAUUUCUGGUUUUAUUGGCGUCCAUUCUAAACCAGCAAAGCACUUGUUAAAGUAACGUUUUGAGGCCCAGUUUCACCCAGGGGGUCCUGUGUUGUAUUGGAAGAUGCCCUGAGCAAUUCCAAAAGUGAUGCUGUCACCUCAUUCAUUUUUAAUGAGUAUAAAUUGGCUGUUUCAAACUGUUCUUUUCCUAAUUGAUGUAGCUUUCGGACAACGUAAAUCCAAAACCUCUGCUUCCCUGUUGGUGUGCUCUUGUUUUUAACUUAUUUUUUUAACAACUGUAGUACACUACCCAGAGACUUUGCGUCUCAGCUCUCUCUCUAGCUGAAUUGUGCUUUUAAAAAAUUAAUGGGAAAAAGAGAUCACUUUAUAAAGCCAGUGUAUUCUGUUUUUCGCACAGUGCCUCCUGUGCAGUACCCAUCCCGGUGUGUUUUAUCCACUGUUCCCUUGGUGUCCCUCAUCCCACAGCCAGCUUCGCCGUGCCCCUGAGAGCAGGAACCAUGGCUUUCAUUCUCAUCGCAGAGCCAUAGUAUGUCAGUUGCCAUUUCCAUUUUAAGCUUUGCUUUUUACUUCACUUUGGACAGAAAAUUUCACAUCCUGGUGGUAGAGUAUUCCCUAAAAAUAGCCCCAAAUAUUGUUAAAUCAUUUGGCUUUAACAGUUAAAUAAUUUGGGACAUUUUCAUGGUGUUUCUUUUCUUCCCAGUUUAAAAAAAAAAGAAAUUAAAGAGUAAAAUUUCUCAUGGAUGCACAUUUGUAAGUCUGGUUAAUUCCUGGUAUGCUAAGUAAACAUUUCCAAUCUGUUUCGAGGUUACACAGUGAAACUCUUCAGGGGAGUGACCGUAUUUUCUGGGUUGAUCUGGCCGAUGUUUGCAGGGUAAACACGGAUAUGAUAAAGUGUCUGUGACAACAGAAUAAGUUUCCAGAGGCAUCAGGGCUUGAAAAUGAUGCUAUUGGAAAUGUGUUCUGUGCUUGAUUUGGCCUUAUCUUAGCUUGAGAAAAACCUUCUCAAAUGUCCAGUAUUGUUCUUAGUGCUUGAAAAACAUCAGAAUAUUUCCACAUCAGUGAUAAAUUUGCUGACAGACAUUUAUAAGAUGAAGGGCUUCUCUUCUCUGAAUGUCUAGCUUUAAGUCAUUGAGCAUGAAAUUAUUUCAGCUGAGAGGUAUAACUGAGACCAGAAAUGAGAGGAGUCUGCUCUAGCUUCUGUUUUCAGAGCCAGCAGUGAUCAUUUCCCAGGUAGAAGGUGUGUCCUCUUGGAUGCAGAAUAGCUGUGGCAUUGGACAGUCUGGCCUGCUGUGCCAAGACGGGGCAUAGGUGUCUGAAGAAUGGGCAGCUUCGGAAAAAGGAUGACCUUGAGGAUUGCUGGUGUGGUCCGUGGGCUCUUUUGCAGGCAGCCAGCCAGCCAGCCAGCCAGCCAGCCAGCCAGAGUGUGGCUGGUUUCAAAACCAUCCCCAAACUGUAACUUGAGCCUAAUCGAUAGGAGUGGGUGGUCUGUCCUUUCCCCAGUAAAAGUAUCUCGAAAAAGUUAUCUCCGAGUAAGAGUUCGUUGUGAAGAAAGGGGCAGAAGUGUGUCCUCACUCUUUAAACAAUACCCAGGUCAGGGUUACGACACAGUAGCGGUGUCCAAAAAUAGUCACUUCUUCCUAAAACCCCAGGUCCAGGGAGAUGAGGAGGCAGGAGGGUGCCUGGGAGUCCUGCGCUCUGAGUAGAAAUGUUAAUUUUACAUUUGCACAGGGCCUAUUUCCUCACAUGUGUGUAUUACUCAAUUAGUUUCCAAUUAUUUUUUUUCCCCAACCGUUCCAAGGUUUCCAAACUGCGUUAGCCACUGAGCUUGAGUCAGGAACUUCCAAGUAAAAAGGUCAGAUUAAGAUAAAUUCUUUGUUCUGUUUUGCUGCUGUGACUUCAGAAGAAAUUAUGAGAGCUCUUCCUGGAAUUGGCAUUUCUAUUCAAUGAAGAAGUAAUUUCAUUAUUUAUUGUUUGAACUUCGGUUUAUUUGGAGACUUCAAAAGGAUGCUUUAUUUUUGCUAUUAAUAAAUAUCCCAAUCACAUGUCAUACUUAAUAAUACCUAAAAUGUCUCGAAGUUGGUCGCUGGUGGAAUACAGGGGUGGAUGUGUAGGUCUGUGUUUGCAUUUGAUGGUGAGGCAUUUUGGGGUCACAGAAUGAGUAAAGAGAGCAAGUAUCUUCAGAAAAUCAAUUGAUUGGUUUUUCCAGAAUCUUGACUAAAAUGUUCAGAGCAUACCAAAUUUGUCAUUGAUCCUUCUACAUUUCUUUUAAAAAUUUAUUAUUUAAGCCUAUGGCUAAACCUUUAUAAAAAUAUAUUUGGCAGAUACACCAAAGAAACCAGCUCACAAAAGAUUAUAAUUAUUAAUGAACUGCAAACCUCAUCUUUUGAGUUUUUUUUUUUUGUAAAUAUUUGUGUUUAUAAAUGUACAGCAGAGUAAGAGUGUUUUUUAGAUUAUUUAAUUUCCAUAUUUCUAAACUAUUUACUACAGAAUAAUAACCCAUGCUUGUUAGUUUGGAAGACUCGAUCGACUGUUUUGUUUUUUAAUCCAUUCUCGUUCGUGCUCGGAACGGCAUUUCCACUGGAGAAGUCAGUGUUCUGGCAGCAGCAAGUGCACAGCUGGAGCGGGAUGGAGACUGGUGUGAUCUGUCGGGUACCCCUCUAAGAGGCAAGGAUGUGUGCUUUAAUUACCAGAGUGGACCAUCUGAAAUCGAGAGUCUCACUUUCUGCAAAAUCGCUUAUUAGCCCAGAAUGUGAUUGGGAUGAGGACGUUUGCCCAAAAUCUAGCUUUCAUGUAACUCCUCGUGUGUUAUUAUCACAAUGUAUUUUGUUCUUCCUUUGUAAUGUAAGUUUUGCUUUGGGUCAAUUUGAAUUAAAAAAAAAAAAUUUAAAUCUGGUUGAAAACAUAUUGGACUUGGGUUUUAUUUCUGGUCUGUCUGAACAUUUUAAUAUUUCCAGCUGCUCGUGAAAGGAAACAAAUCUGUUUUUGAUUCAUCAGCAUUUUAGAUCUCUGAGAAUUGUGUAAGAGUGUGAUACAGAAAACAUCAGCACUUAGAUAGUCAUCCAUGAGCUGGUUCUUACUCUCCAGUUUGUUUAGUGCAUUCUGCAAAUACCAUCACACUCCUGGGCUGGGCUGUGUGCGUGCCUGCCUCACACACGCACUCCUCCACCGAGGGCAGGGUUUGGCCCACAGCAGCUCUAAACACAGGAGAAUAAAUGCAGUCAGAGCAAUGAAUUUGAGUUCAUUGACUAGCCUGCAGGAGAUAGAAGCAAAACUACUUUGAAUUUCACCCCUCCUCUAUGUAGCAUAGAUACGGCUUGAUCCGAGAGAGACUGCAAACUGGUAUGAAUCAUGGUGUGUUAAAAGAAAGGGAGAAUAGACUGUUCAGCACCAGAGACUACACAUUGCAGAUAUAACCUUGUUGUAGACUUACCCAGGGUUUAGCAUCCGUGCAGGCCAGAGAUGGGAUAUUUGAAACUAUUUCUAAUGAUCAGCAGGGGAGUUCAGAUUUGAAAAAGAGCUGUGUUGCUUGGAAAUCUUGAGGUCAUUUCUUCUCCAAUAUGAUGUAAGUAGUGUAUUGUUUUUUCAGCUGAAAGGCGGUUUACAAAACUGGUUUACUAGCUAUUGACAAAGCAGAUUGUCUACUUGAUAAAAUAUUUCCACAUCCCAUGUAGUUGGGUAUCAGAGAUGAAAGAAAAUGUGUUUGUAUCAUCUGCCUAUGUUGAUGUAACUCAGCGUAACUCUGUGUGUUCUUUAAAGGAUAAGCAGUAAAGGUUUACAGAUUUUGACCUUAGAAUUUAUAUUAGCUUAAAUACCAGUAAAGUUUCUAAACAUUCACUGCCAGAUUCUGAGAUUUAGGCCUGAGGCGAUGUAGACUCUUGGAAUCUGAAGAUGGUUUUUCUUUAGUCUACCCUUUAGCUGUUCUGCCAUUACCUAUUGGUAAUCAACACAGAGGCUCAGCCAGCAUAUGGGCGCUGCCAAACUCCAUGGCUCUCCCUGUACACUGGUAAAUAGUAUUCAGUGUUUUGUCAUAUAUCUGUUGAAGACCACGGUGCAUUUUAUAGAUACUUGUCUUCUAGAAGAAUGUUAUAAUUCUUGCCAGCACUCUGAAUGAUAUUUGAAAAGGCUGAGGCAGCAAUGUGCCUGUGGCCCUUGGAGGGAUCCUCAGCGUGGCCCUAGAACCCAGACUCCUGGCCCUGUGGCUGUGGCGCCUGGUCUCGUUGCCUGAAGGAGUAUCUUUCAUGUGAGCGUUCAGAUGUAUAUUCCUUUAGCGUCAUUCAUUCAGCUGUGCCUAGAGUCCCUCGGGCUGGGUUUCAGUUGUGUGUCCACAAGCUGCGACUUGUCCAUUCUGAAUACCCACAGGCUAUGGGAAAUAAAAGGAUCAGAUUAAAGCCAAUCAUUUGUUUUCCUGCAGGUAUGACCUUUUUAAAAGACCACAUAAUUGUUUGUGGUUAUUAUACAUAGGUUUUAAAUUAAAUCUCAGUUUGUUCUAGUAUCUUUAAAAUUCACUUAGUACC